ACGAUCUGUUUUUCGCUGAAUAGUUAGUAGAGAUUAGACGCGGCGGUUGUUAUAUUGUGACUAAUGGACUAACGGACGUACACGAAUUUAGCGGUUAAUUGUUAAAAAUGCACACGGAGAUUGUAUACAGUGGGUUGCAAACGAACUACAAUUCAAACCAACAAAGUGGAGAAUAUGAAUUGAAGGACAAAGACAAAAGUGAGAAAGUGGUGCAAUAUGAAAGCGCUGCAAGUGAAACCGACAGCACUUCAAAUGCAGCUGACCUUGACACUGAUAACAUUUAUCAGCAUUAUGAGUCUUCGGUGCGUCUGCUGCGCAUAAGAAAAUCUAUAACCGGCUCUUGUGGUUUUCAUUUGACGCGCACCAAAUGGGAUCCCUAUCCGUGGGUGAGCGCAGUCGAUGCACACACCGCAGCGGAAAUGAGCGGUCUGAAGGCAGGCGAUUGUGUACUGGAGGUUAAUGGCGAAGACGUGUUGGGGUUGCGCAUAACGGAUAUUGCAAAAUUGGUUCAAGCCAAAUCAGGACAUGUCACGUUGCUGCUCUGGAGCUGUGGUAGUGAUUUCCAAUGUGACCCAGAGAAUAUUUGCUGUGCACCAAUGCCUCGCACCCUACAACGUCUCGCCACCAUCGUCCAAUCCAUAUUGUCCAUAAUUGAGUGUCCCGUCUGUUUGGACACCAUCACACCGCCGACCAUGCAAUGCCAGAAUGGACAUUUGCUGUGCCUCAACUGUCGCAUACGCGCUGAAAAAUGUCCGGUCUGUCGGGAUCGCUAUACGCCGCAGCGCGCUUUAAUUGCCGAGCAAAUCUACGCAGCUAUCACCAGCGCAUACAAUUUGUGUAGCGGCAAUGAAGACAAAUUACGUCAGAAGUUAUUCGGACAGAGUGAGCGCGCAGGAGUGGCAGCCGGUAUGAAAGUGAUGACUCGACGUUGGCGACGCGUGGAGGCAGCCAAACAAACGAUUGAUGAGCAGGCGGAACAAACGGAAGUUAGAAAAGACCGUAAAGGCGGCUGCACAAUGAAAUGGAGAAGACCAACGGCACAAGUGGACGGAGUUGGGGAGACUCAAAGUCAACAUGUGGUGCCUGGCGCUGGGCAGGCGGGGCGUUUUAGUUUUGUUGACGAAGCUGAUAUCGCCGAGAGGAUGGUAGAGAACGCAGUUGCUAAAACGGAUGCGAUGGCGAUGAAGCGUGAUGGGAGAAGAAAAAAGAUUCUAAUGAAAUUAUGGCAUACUAAAGCAGCGUCCAUGGAGAAUCUCUCAACAGCUACAAGUACAACAGCGAGUAGUAGUGAACACACAAGUAACAAAAUGCGUGGAGUGAGCGACUAUAUUAAUGGCUUGGCGUCUGACAGUGCAACGACCCCAACGACAGGAAAUCAACACCCGAACGUGCAUGCAACGCAAUUAUUUCCAAAUCGGUCUAAAGACGAGAUGGAAUGGGCAAUGAAAAAUUCACAAAAUCACUCGAAUUCAAGGGCUAACAAUAGCGAUGGUCCAUAUAAGGUGUCGGCGGAAGCCACAAUGGCAACAAUCAAAGAAGCGCCGCAGCAAACAGGUAUGCGACAGGAGGCGGAGAUGGAGACGCACACUUACACCGGUACCGAGACCGACUUGACAAUGCCAUUGAAUUGUGAAAUAACAAGAAAAACAAUUUUAAAUGUUACAACAACAAUAGCAAAUGAUGUCAUGUCACAGCUUUCAUCAGCAUCAUCGCGAACACCGAUGGCGAGUGAUGCAAAGUCAGUGAUAUUCCAGCAACCAACAUCAACAGCCGAAGACAAUAAGGUAAGGGCGGUGGAAGAAGAUGAGCGAAAUGGAAAAUAUUCACUAAAGCAAAAACACGUCGAACCGCAUUGUCAAUGUGACAACGCAACGUCGGAAACUGCUCCUGGCACCCCAUCGCCUCCAGCCCAAACCAUCGCGGUGCGGCGUUGUCCUUCAGCCCAGCAGCGAAGUCAACAACUGAAUCGGAGCAUAUUCAACGACAACAAAAACAAUAUUUCCAAAUAUGAGCACUGCAGUUGUCCGUCAUCAUCGUCGUUGAUUUUCAUAGACAAACGACGUCCCGUCAGCAAUCGCAUGUCGUUGAGCAGCGGUUCUAUUGAAUAUUUAAAGGCAUCCUACUGUUGCUGUACAUCACCAACAGAUCAACUGUUACCGGCUGAUAGCAAGAUAUAUACCAAAGAUACCAACAACAACGUUGCCAGCGACACUGAUGCGGCCUCAACACGAAACUCCUCCAUUCUAACACCUGCAUCAUCGCUCUCCUCCGGCGUAUUCUCCACCAACUCGUCCACUCCAAAUGAUUUACAAGUGAGUGAACUUGCACCAACAACAACAGCGAAGCAUGAAGCGUACAGUGAUUUGCAGCAAAAGCAGAAGCAACGACAGCAAAGCAGCACUGAAAUUACAGCUAUUACUAUGCACAAAGAUGCGUUGUUAUCUUCAAUGAGUCGGCUGGGUCGGCCGGCAUCGUCAAUAACUUCGUCGUUGUGUUCUUUAUCGUCUUUAACAUCCUCAUUGUUUUCAUCAGCAUCGGACAUGGAAUCGCCGUUGCCCUUAAUAGCUGCAGCAUCCGUUGGUGCGUGCUCAUCUACCACGGCUCCUGUCGCUUACGUCAAUUCCGAAUUCUGCAUUUCUGACCAGUCACCUUCUUCCUCAUCUUCCCCCUCUUCGGCUGCAGUGAAUUCACCGUUAUUGUGUACGGAGUUAAAUAAGGAUGUGAAGCGUUAUCGCUGUCCUUGCGACGACUGCCGUGAGAGUUUCAAUGCAUCCUCGCAACUUCAGCAACAUGUCAAAGCCGUGCAUCGCUUGCCCAUAUUGAGCUUCGGUGGAGAUGAACACGCCAAAAUCACAGUGCCACUGCGUCCACCUUUAGACGAUGCGGUGCUCAUAUUAGAAACGAGUAAAAGCGAAAACGCAAAGAAUAUCAUCGACAACAACAACAACAGCAACAACAACAACAACAACAGAAAGAACAAAGAGAACAAUGCGUUCAGUGAUGUGUGUCGAAAAGUGGACGACUAUAAGGACAAUGCGGAUUGUGUGGGCCAGCCAAAUGACAUUGAUACACAGGCUUCGCACAAGAGUGGUGGAACGGAGCUGAAGAUCAUAGAGGAUGUGCACUCGAAAUAUGCUGAGAAGCAACUAGAGCAAACUAGGGAAUGUUGGAUUAGAAUAAAAGUGGACGGUGGCAGCAUUCAAACCGCAGCUGUGUUGCAAGCAACCGCAGCGGAAAGUGCUUAUUAUGUGCUGAAAGUGCGAUUAAGUGGUAUUGGCGACACGACCCCGCUUGCUAAGGACACCGACGGACAAAUGGCAAUUGAACUGCAACUGGUGCGCUGGUAGCCCAAGCUGGCAGGACCACUCACAAAGCUCAACAGCAACAAUCAGAUGGCUGAACUCUGUGGCUAUGCCAAAAGCAACCACAACAGAACGGCAAAAGCCACAACAACUACAACCACAGCGACAACACCCACAAUGUGCUGCCGGAUUGCAGCAGCAUCGAGUGCAACCAAUAAAACAACAUCAGCAAUAAUAACAACAACACUCACAGCCAUGAGCACUUAUACCACAGCUUAACACCACAUCGUGGGGCAGGCUUUGGCUUUGCUAUCGCAAUCAGACAAAGAACAAGACGAACAUCAGCAAUGCCACAGCAAUUGAUACGUACAUAGUUGUUGCUGACAUUAUCCAUUAAAAUUAACUGAAAAAGCUAUAAUAAAAACAACAAAAAGAAAGAAAAGCGUAAAUUACUGUUAAGUGCAUGGGCACUUCUUGUCUUGCUUCCAGUUAAAAUUAUGUGCGAGCUACAAAGGGGUAAAAAGUGUAAAUAACAUUAAUUGAAUACAAUUUAUAUAUAAUA